CUCUUUCUCUCGCUGCGCGACGCUCCUCAGCGGCAAGAUGGCGGCGGCGCAGCAGGAAGCUCGCGAUGGAGCCGCGCAGUUGGCGAGGCCCCCGUCAGAGACUGACCCCCUCGGCCGCUUCACGUGUCCCGUGUGCCUGGAAGUGUUCGAGAAGCCGGUGCAGGUGCCCUGCGGACACGUCUUUUGCUCUGCAUGCCUGCAGGAAUGUCUGAAGCCGAAGAAACCUGUCUGUGGGGUGUGUCGCAGCGCUCUGGCACCUGGCGUCCGAGCUGUGGAGCUCGAGCGACAGAUCGAGAGCACAGAGACUUCUUGCCAUGGCUGCCGUAAGAAUUACGUCCUAUCGAAGAUCCGAGCCCAUGUGGCUUCAUGUUCUAAAUACCAGAAUUACAUCAUGGAAGGUGUGAAGGCCACCACCAAGGAUGCAUCCCUUCAACCAAGAAAUGUCCCAAACCGGUACACCUUUCCUUGUCCUUACUGUCCUGAGAAGAACUUUGAUCAGGAAGGACUUGUGGAGCACUGCAAAUUAUCACACAGCAUGGAUACCAAGUCUGUGGUUUGUCCCAUAUGUGCCUCAAUGCCCUGGGGAGACCCUAGCUACCGCAGCGCCAACUUCAUGGAGCAUAUCCAGCGCCGCCACCGCUUUUCCUAUGACACUUUUGUGGACUAUGAUGUUGAUGAAGAUGACAUGAUGAACCAAGUGUUGCAACGAUCCAUCAUUGACCAGUGAGCAGGGUCCUCACUGUCCACCUCAUUCUAGAGCUUCCAUUACGCAUUAGGUGUGAGCCCUUGACUCCUGCACCGGACAGGGUCACUUCUCCCAGGGUGACAGGGCCUUAGGGCAGAGCUGUUUCCUUUGGGCUCUUGUUGACAUUGUCUUCCCCACUGAUAACCUUGUUGUUCCCAUGGCCUGCUCUCCCCAUACCUCGGCUACUGCCUCCUUUAAGCAGAGUCCAGCUUCUGUUCCCAAAUGCUCUUGUUUCACAUUCAUCCUUCUGUCCAGUGUCCAUCUCUUCAGUCCUCCUAGCCAGCCGGCCCCUUCCCCGGGCCAUGAAUAGCACAAUUCAACAGGGACUCCUUUCCCUGGCCCUGAGGUACCUGGGUUCUGCUGUAUACCCAGCCAGGGCUGCGCUUCCCUUUUCUUCCUGGAUGACCUUGGGGUUUCACAAACUGAUGCUGGAAGUUGUGGUUACUGCUGUUUCCCUACACCUCCUGCACGUCCAUAGAACUGAUGGCUUCUGUCUUAAAUGCCUGACAGUGCCUUUUUAGGAUAAGGUAUCAUCGUAGAACUAGAAUGGAAGUGUUGGACAGCAAAGCUGGGGUGCAUUCAUCUGUUAAGUGCGGAGAGAGUGGGAGGUGUGGCUUUUGAUUUUUUCACACUGAUGAGUGUUCCAGGUGGCUGGGUCAUGUGCCCCUCUGUUGUGUAUCUGCUGAUACUCUUGCUCUGAAGAAUGAAAGAGCCCUUGGAUGAUGGUGGCGGGGCACUGACUAUUGUAUGUGCUGCUUGAUAACUUGAACCUGAGCAUUAUUGCUGUCUUACGGAUCUCCUUGCUCAAGUAUGUGUUUUAAAACCCUGCCUUUCAUUGCAAAGGCUGUGGCAAAGCCAGGGUCAUAGCCACUUGUCUCUUCAAAGCCCCUGUUGGGAAGUUAAGAAAGGUGGUCUGCUGGAGGCUCUCUUGAGCAGCAGCUCUAAAAGCUGCAAGUCCAGCACAUUUUACAGAAUACAGAAUGGGCACUACCAGGCAGCAGAACAGACUCUAACAGACCCAGAGCUUUGGGGGUUAGUUGUCCUUCCUGUCUUAUGGCUCUGGUCCAGCUGAGACUGCAUGCAAUAGUAUGCUUUUGAUGCCAUGUGCACUUCCACCAUGGCCUCUGCCUGCCAGGGAAAAGCUAGCUCAGAUCCUCCUAACUGAGUUGAGCAGGAUCACUUUCCCAGUGUUACUGUUUAGAAGGGCCCAGACAUUACCACUUCACGGUAUCUCCUGGAAAGGUUUGCUCAGGAGACACCAGGAGGGAAGUUUGACACGACCUUGACUGGAGAACUGAGAAGGGCGCAGCUGUGCAACAGGAAUCUCUUGUCCUGCAUUACGUCCACUAACUACUUCUAAUACAACGGCUUUCCAGAAAGUGUGGUGAUUGUGUUCUGGCUUUUAAAAGGUGAACUAUAAAUAAAUUUCAUAAUUUAUCCAACCAGAAA